CCAAGACCAACACACGACUACACUUCCCCCUUCUUGUUACCACGGCUACAAGUCCAUUCCACUUUGCGGGUAUUUGCGGCUGCUUUGCUGAUGUGUGACUGAAGUCACAAAUGCGUAACAAACAUUUGCAGACGUUUACAUUGAUUCGUAUGCUUAUAUGCAUGGUUAACUGUGUCAUAAAUUUGUACAUGUUAUCUGGAAACACCUGCAUCCUCAAAUGUGACUUUACUACAGUCCUGCCGUGCACGCACAAAUGCGUGCGGCGAUUUUGCCAAAAUGUAGCUGAAGAUUUGUAUGUGUGUGGCCCCGUAGCUACAAUUUGGGCCACAAGGGGGCGGUGAUAUUUUAACGCUAAAGCAGACAGAUGACCCUAAUGUUGUCUGGUUAGCGUGCACUAAGUUCACCUAGCGUUGCUCCUUUUUAUUAUUGCGUUAAUGUCAAUUUAAUAAAUGUUCAAUAAAUGAUACUUUCCCAUGCGUCAAGAGAAGGUGCAACCCGUCUCCAAAACACACAAUCUUAACAAACGCCGGUGAUGACAUAAAAGGCGAAGAAAAUAAUGUUGGAAAACCCAAAGCAAAACACUAAGUGUCUACAUUUACAAGAUCAUCGUCAUAAUCAUCAAACCGCACAAUUGAGACGUGUUUGAGUGGGAAAAAAAUACUUUUGAGUGACGGCCAAAUUUUCCUUCUUGGAAUCUUCAUUUUUAAUCCAUUUCCAGGUGAUGUGAUUGUUCUUAAUGAUGAUCAUUAUGCAGGAGUUAAAAAAAAGCUGCGGAUUUAAAGUGUUGGCCGCACACCAAACUUCACUUCUCGCCCCGCCUUGAGCACCGGAUGAUUGACAAGCUGGUCGACAUAUCACUGAGCCGACUGAUAGACGUGAACCAGCGAGAACACGGAGGUCCGGCAAAGGGCGGUGCUAAGAAACAUUGGGUGAAAGUUUGAAGUGUUGUGAUUUGACGAAGCGUACACAACCUCAGCGGACACACUCUUUCAAAGUUAAAGAAAGGAAAGUAAGUUUUGGACAUUUUAAUUUAAUUUGAAAGUUCAUAGCGGAUAUUGAUCGCGAUGAGUUUGGGGUCGGCGAAAGUAGGUGCAAUGUCGCGGUUUGGGAGUAGUUAAACAUCCACAAAGUCAAAAUUGGAGGUGCACCUUCGUCCUCGAAGCAACAAAGACGCAAGAUGACGGCGGAAGAUGUUAAGUACUUCACGCUCGACGACAUCGCUGAGCACAAUUCCGCCAAGUCCACUUGGAUCGUCAUAAGCCAUAAGGUCUAUGACGUCACCAGGUUCCUCGAGGAGCACCCGGGCGGCGAGGAGGUCCUGAGGGAGCACGCGGGCGGCGAUGCCACAGAGAACUUUGAGGACGUCGGACACUCCAGCGAUGCCCGCGCCAUCGCCCAGCAGAUGUUCGUCGGGGAGCUGCACCCGGACGACAGAGAGAAAGUGGCCAAGCCUUCGGAAAGUCUAGCGACUCAUUUGGAGGAACAGCCAAGCUGGUGGCCCAAUUGGCUGAUUCCGAUGGCGGCCGCUGCCAUAGUCACGCUGAUGUAUCGCAUGUACACGGCUGAGGCAGAGAUGUGAUGUCGUCAUUUGAUGUUGCGGUCUGCAGCCAUGACAUCAUCAUCACGUUGUGUCAUUAUGUAAACACGUGGUAUCGUGUCGGAGGCGUGGCCUCUCCCACAGGCUGCCGUGACGCUGGAGCGAAAUCACCGCUGGAAUCAAAUCAUAUGGGGACAAUCAUCACUUUCUUUGUUUUGAAUCAAGACAACAUGGCAGCGUGGCAGGGAUCAUUGCUCGAAGCAGAACAGAACAGAAACAAUAAUGGAGAUAAUGGAGACCAGGAUCAAGAAUUACCUACUACUGUAUAUUAGUUCUCAUAAUCGAGCUCCACACAUAGGCGUAUUUUAUUAACAGUGAGCACAAAUUGUGAACAGAAAAUAAGGAAUGCUUUGGGUUUGUUUGUUUUUCAAUAAAUCACUUGCAAGUUA